UUUUGAUCGCUUCGCUUUAUUGCCUUCUCCGCUUGCGAAAGAGGCGAGGCUUCCGAGUGAGACAGAGAGAGAAGCGAUGUCGUCCUCAUUCGACGGUGCCUUCGACGUGGACGACGACGAGGUGGCGGUGGGGGCCUCCGUCCGGCCGUUCGACGACGACGGCUACAUCGGUUACGACCCCCGGCUACCCUCCCAGCGCUUCGACGCCUUCUCCUCCUUGGUCGACGACGUCGACUCGCAGGACCCCGACGCCGAUGAUCCCUCUGGUGGCGUUGGAGGAUUCCACCACGUGCCCGUCAUCCACGUCUCCGGCGAUGACGGCAGCUUCCCUCCGUCGCCCGAGGGCUACGGGAUCAGAGCGGGCCCGCACCCUUCCGUCUUCUCGUCGGCACCGUCGCCGUUCUCCGUGCCGGAAUCCAACGGGAAGACCUACGGAGAGUCGGGUGAUGAGGGGAUUUUCGGUUCGGAUGGGCCGAUCCUACAGUCGCCGGGCGAGAUGCAGCCGGAGGAAGGGUUUGUCCUGCGGGAGUGGCGCCGCCAAAAUGCCAUUCUUCUUGAGGAGAAAGAAAGGAAGGAGAAGGAGGUGCGGAACCAAAUCCUCGCUGAAGCUGAGGAAUACAAGAUAGCCUUCUAUGAGAAAAGGAAAUUGAAUUGUGAGAUGAACAAGAUCCAAAUUAGAGAAAGGGAGAAGCUAUUCCUGGCCAACCAGGAGAAUUUCCAUGCCAACGCAUACAAGGACUAUUGGAAAGCAAUCGCGGAGCUGAUACCUCGUGAGAUACCAAGCAUUGAGAAGAGGAGGGGAAAGAAAGAACAGGAGAGGAAGCCAUCGAUUGUGGUCAUUCAGGGACCAAAGCCCGGCAAACCCACCGACCUUUCAAGAAUGCGGCAGAUAUUGGUAAAGCUUAAGCAUAACACGCCACCGCAUCUGAAACCCCUCCCUCCUCCUGCCCCAGCUAAAGAUGGUGGUGGUGGUGGUGGUGGUGGAGCCAAACCGGAAACCAGCACCAACAGCACCUCUUCAACUUAUGCCCCGGCUAAAGAUGGAGCUGUUGCUGCUGCUGGAGCCAAACAGGAAACCAGCGCUAACAGCAGCACCUCUUCAACUUAAGAAACAGAGACAGUGCUGCAUCUAAACAAAUGGCCAGGCAG